AUGCCAAAGAUUGAUCACUCGGCGUCUAACAACACCAAUAGAACGUUCCAGCAACGAUACUAUCAAGUGGAUCAAUACUGGCCCAAGCCUAAUGGUCCUAUUAUUCUCUAUAUUGAUGGAGAAGUUAAAUUUACCCAAGCUCCUAAUGGUUUUGUAGCUGUAACUGUUCAGAAAUUUGGUGCCAAGAUUCUGGCAGUAGAACAUCGAUUCUAUGGUCAAAGUGUUCCAAAUGAAGACUUGUCCACUUAUCGAUACUUAAUGGAUCAACAGGCUUUAGCAGAUCUUAAACACUUUAAGGAGAGUUAUGAGCGUCAAUUGGGUCGAGAGAACGCAAACCAGUGGAUUGUCAUUGGUCGAUCAUAUCCUGGAGCCCUAUCAGCCUGGUUUCGUGUUGCUUACCCGGAUAUAACAGCUGCAGCAUUAUUGUCGUCGUCAGGUGUUGUACAGCCGAUUUAUCACUUUCAUCGGUUUGAUGAGCAAAUGGCAAUGGCGGUCGUUCCUUCCUGUGCCGAGAUCCUGCGUCUUACAACGACAGCGUUUGAGAAGGAAAUAGCCAGUAGGAAUGCAACAGAGGCGAAGAAAUUGUUUGGCGCACAAAAUCUAGCAGACGCGGAUUUUUUCUACAUGAUCGCUGAUGCAGCAGCAAUGGCUGUGCAGUACGGCCACAAGGAUGUUGUAUGCGGAAGCAUGAUCAGUGCCUUUGUACGCAAUAAAUCGUUGAUUGAAUCGUUUGCCAACUUCACAAUUGACAUGUACGGGUCUUCUUUUGGCAGCAGUUGUUUUUACGACACUGAGUGUCUGCCAUACGAUCACGCUCGAUGGGGAGAUGGUCGCUCAUGGCGAUGGCAAAAGUGCUCACAGCUCGCUUACUUUCAGGUUGCCCCGAAGGAAAAAAGUCUCCGCGCGACAAUGGUGGAUCUUCAAUACCACCUGAAACAGUGCCAUACUAUUUUUGGCGAUGCAGUAAAUCUGUCAGCAGGAGUGGAGAAGAUUACCAAGUUGUAUGGAGGAAACCACCCACCAGGUCAUAGAAUCUAUUUCUCAAAUGGCGGCGACGACCCAUGGCAGCGGGCAUCGGUGGUAGCCACAUUAUCAGACGAUGAAAUCGCAAAUGUGGCCAAGUGUAAUAUGUGUGGCCAUUGCGGGGAUCUUCGUGCUAGUUCAAUCAUGCCUGAACCGUUGAAGAAGCAGCGUGAGGAGAUUCUUGAAUAUCUAGCAAAGUGGCUCAAUACGUCUGGUAAUGUGGAGGUAGCGGUGAAUGCCGUCCACAAAGCUGCUGCUCCUCUUCACGUACAAGUGGACAAUGACAAUGAGCAGGAGCUUGAAGGUUUGCAACUUGCAGUGAUGGACAAAUUGUUGCCUCGGGUCUUUGUCCCCAUGGUUCCUGCGCUCCUUGCGUAA